AUGGGAUAUUUAGGAAACGUGGAAGCGACAAAAGCAACCUUCGAUGAGGAGGGGUAUUUGCAUACCGGGGAUCAAGCAACCAUUGACGCAAAUGGAAUGGUACAGAUCACGGAUCGAAUCAAAGAAUUGAUCAAGGUUAAAGGUAUUGGAGUCGCUCCAGCUGAGUUGGAGGAUUUGCUGUUGGGUCAUCCUGCGGUCGAGGAUGUUGCGGUCCUGGGAAUUGCAGAUGAUUAUAGUGGGGAAAAACCCUAAGCUUAUAUCGUCAAACAAGGGGACAUUGAAUUGGAUGAGGAAACAUUAGGUAGAGAGCUGACAAAUUAUGUGUAGGAGAGGAAGACAAGACAUAAGUGGUCAAAAGUGUAAGGAGGUCACGAUAUAAAUGCGUAUGUGGAUAAGGAGUCACUGGGUAGGAUAAAAGUGAUAAUAAUAAGUAUCUGCAAAUGACAAUAGUAUUCGACUUAAAGAGAGAAGACUAAGUACAAAACAGUGUAGCUAUAUAUACUGCUAGCGUAUAGUACUAGAAGCUCCUAUAGUUACUACAUUAGUAUUAGUAUUGAUUAUUAUCGAUAUAACUCGAAGAUACUAGAAUAAGCUUAUAAAUCAAGCUUAUAAAUCAAGCUUAUAAACCAAGCUUUAGAAUAUUCCUUUAGGCUAAAGUUUAAACUAAAAGCCUAAACCUUAAAGUGCUUAUUACCUAAAUCCGAUAACUAACUUUAACAAAAAGAGGUAGAGUUUAUUAGCGAGAUUCCGAAAAGUGCUAGUGGGAAGAUCUUGCGGCGGAUAUUGAGGGAUAAGUCGAAGGGUACUUGUACCUUGGGAGAAAAUAGGGUUGUCGUGGACCAAAAAAUAAAGGCAAAGCUGUGA